UACGCAUGCGCGGCGAGGGCGGGCCGUGAGGUGGGACGGCCCGCGUCUUCCGUGUGCCGCCGCCGACACCGCCGCCGCCUCAGCUUCGCCGCUCCUGCCCCUCCCGGGCUGCAUAGCCGGCGUUAGCCGCGCGAGGGUUAAGAGAGGGGAUCGACGGAGCGUGCGUGCUCGGGGGUUCCCGCAGUCCCAGCAGUUCCUCUCGCGGGUGGACUGCGAGGUCAGCAGCAGUCGGGGGAGGCCAUAGACGGCGCCAUGUCGGCGGGCGGCCCAUGCCCGGCAGGAGCCGGCGGGGGCCCAGGAGGAGCCUCAUGCGCCGUGGCGGUCUCCCCCGGCGGGGUAUCCAUGUUCCGGUGGCUGGAGGUGCUGGAGAAGGAGUUCGACAAGGCCUUCGUGGAUGUGGAUCUGCUCCUGGGAGAGAUCGAUCCGGACCAGGCGGACAUCACUUAUGAGGGGAGACAGAAGAUGACCAGCCUGAGCUCCUGCUUUGCGCAGCUUUGCCACAAAGCCCAGACUGUGUCCCAAAUCAACCACAAGCUAGAGGCACAGUUGGUGGAUCUGAAAUCUGAACUGACAGAGACCCAAGCAGAGAAAGUAGUAUUGGAGAAAGAAGUACAUGAUCAGCUUUUACAAUUGCACUCUAUUCAGCUUCAGCUUCAUGCUAAAACUGGUCAAAGUGUUGACUCUGGUACCAUUAAGGCAAAAUUGUCUGUCCCCUCUGUGGAGGAGCUGGAAAGAGAACUUGAAGCAAACAAAAAAGAGAAAAUGAAAGAAGCUCAACUUGAAGCUGAAGUGAAGUUGCUGAGAAAAGAGAAUGAAGCCCUUCGUAGACAUAUAGCUGUUCUCCAGGCUGAAGUUUAUGGAGCAAGACUAGCUGCCAAGUACUUGGAUAAGGAACUGGCAGGAAGGGUCCAACAAAUACAAUUACUAGGACGAGAUAUGAAGGGACCUGCUCAUGAUAAGCUUUGGAACCAGUUGGAAGCUGAAAUACAUUUGCAUCGUCACAAAACUGUUAUCAGAGCCUGUAGAGGGCGUAAUGACCUGAAGCGACCAAUGCAUGCACCACCAGGCCAUGAUCAAGACUCUUUAAAGAAAAGCCAAGGUGUUGGUCCAAUUAGAAAAGUUCUUCUCCUUAAGGAAGAUCAUGAAGGCCUUGGCAUUUCAAUUACAGGUGGAAAGGAACAUGGUGUUCCAAUCCUCAUUUCUGAGAUCCACCCAGGGCAACCUGCUGAUAGAUGUGGAGGGCUACAUGUUGGAGAUGCUAUUCUGGCUGUUAAUGGAGUUAACCUAAGGGACACAAAGCAUAAAGAAGCUGUAACCAUUCUUUCCCAGCAGAGAGGAGAGAUUGAAUUUGAAGUCGUUUAUGUGGCUCCUGAAGUGGAUUCUGAUGAUGAAAAUGUGGAAUAUGAAGAUGAGAGUGGACAUCGUUACCGUUUGUACCUUGAUGAGUUAGAGGGAAGUAGUAAUCCUGGUGCUAGUUGCAAAGACACAAGUGGGGAAAUCAAAGUGUUACAAGGAUUUAAUAAGAAAGCAGUAACAGAUGGACAUGAAAAUGGAGACCUAGGAACUUCAAGUGAAACUCCACUCGAAGAUGGUGCUUCUAAAUUAGAUGAUCUGCACAGUCUGUAUCAUAAAAAAUCUUAUUAAACUGACUAUCUCCAGACAAGAUUGUUAAUCAGACUAUUCUGAAUUUGGGGCACUAGGGAAGAUGGUGACAAAGACUGUACAAGAUCAAAGGAGGCUGUUUGUUGCCUAAAUGAAAGGCGGGUACCUCAGGGCUUCAUGUGAACAAUUCUAAAUGCAUAAAACUCCCUAUUUUCUGUGGUAUACCAUAAUUAGCAAUUGCAUGUAAAGUAAUUUUGAUUUUCUUAAAAUUGUGAAGCACCAAAGCAUGUGUUUCCCAAAAGGAUAGUACUAGGCUCUUAAGUACCAAAUGAAGCACUACUGUUUUAUUUGAUUCCUUUUCCAUUUAGUAGAAGGACAGUGCUAACUGGAAUUUUUUUAAGCAAUAGCUUUUAAAUAUAAGAGAAUAAAUGAAUUCAUAUUG